AUAACAUUAUUUUUUUUCCCCAGACUUGAACUCUCCCCCUUUGGAGUGAAAGUCUGCAUAAUAGAGCCAGGUUACUUCCGAACUGCAAUCACCAACAUGAAAACCUUUCAAGAAAACUUCAGGAAAAUCUGGGAGCACCUUCCAGAAGAAACCAAGGAAGUGUAUGGAGAGAGUUAUUAUAAUUCAAUGAUUGAAGAAACCUCUAAAAUGGAAGCCUACUGCAGUCCUAAACUUCAUCUGGUUACCAACUGCAUGGAACAUGCAUUGACUGCUGUGCAUCCUCGCUUCCGCUACUCAGCUGGUUGGGAUGCCAAACUCUUUUACCUCCCUAUAAGCUACCUGCCAACUAAGCUAACAGAUAUGCUAUUUUUGUGGUCUUGCUCUCAACCAAAAGGAAGCCAUUAGAGUGGAGAGAUGUUAGUUAUCAAGAGGAAAGUUUGACACUGAUGGAUUGAGUUUGGAAACCUAUUCUUUUUAGAAUCUUUCAUUCUUGG